CUUUCGUAACACAAAUCAAAACGUUUCUUCACAAAAAAAGAAACAAAUCGUGAAGCAGCAGGCGGAAAUUUCCGAGUAGAAGAUCAAUCAAAUCCACUGUUUCAGGUUUUGCAGAAAUCGAAGGAGGAGCAGAGCAAUUGGUUUAAUUACAAGACUGCCAUCACUCUAUUUCUCAACAGAGUGAGAAAGAAGAGAGAGAGAGAGAGAGAUCCGACCCGGCACGACCAUGUCGACCACUUCCAUCCUGUUAAUCCUCCUCUCACUCGCCUCACUCGCCGCCGCUGAGAUCCGCGUCUCGGAAAUCCGAUCCGACGCCCGCCCCAUCAUCCCCUUCGACGAGUUCGGUUUUACCCACCGCGGCCAGUUGGAGCUCAACAUCACCCGCCUCUCCCUAUCGGGGACCACCCCUGACCUGCCGGCGCUCUCCAAGGUAGGGUUCUUCCUCUGCACGCGUGACGCGUGGCUCCACGUGCUCCAGCAGAUCGAGGACGCCGAGAUCAACUGCGCCCUCGGAUCCGACGUCGUACACAGGGUCUUCACCUUCGACCGCCUCCCCGACCUCACCACCGCCGACGUAAAUUUCCUAUACGCCGAGUCCGUCGCCGAUCAGUACACGCUCGUCUUCGCCAACUGCCUCUCGCAGCUCAAGGUCUCCAUGAACGUCCGCUCCGCCAUGUACAACCUCGAGGACGGAAAGUCCAACCGCCGCACUAACUCUCCGCCGUUCACUUUAAUCGUUCUGAUUGGUACCGGGUGGUCCUUCUUGAAACCCUACUUGCAGGACAAGGAAAAAAAAGUUCUGAUGAUCGUAAUUCCACUUCAGGUAGUUGCAAAUAUCGCGCAGGUCGUAAUCGAUGAAACGGGCCCCUUCGGUCAGGAUUGGGUCACAUGGAAACAAGUUUUCUUGCUAGUCGAUGUCAUAUGUUGCUGCGCGGUGCUCUUCCCUAUCGUCUGGUCGAUCAAGAACCUGCGGGAAGCGGCAAAAACCGACGGAAAAGCUGCGGUGAAUUUGAUGAAGCUGACUCUGUUCAGGCACUACUACAUUGUGGUGAUAUGCUACAUUUACUUUACGAGGGUCGUGGUUUAUGCAUUGGAAACAAUUACUUCGUACAAGUACCUGUGGACUAGUGUUGUUGCCGGGGAAUUGGCCACAUUGGCUUUCUACGUGUUCACGGGGUACAAGUUCAGACCCGAGGCGCACAACCCGUAUUUUGUUAUUGACGAUGAAGAAGAGGAGGCUGCAGCUGAGCAGUUGAAGCUUGAAGACGAGUUUGAACUAUGAGGUAGAUGUUGCUUCCCGUUAUACGAAUUGUUGUCCAGUUCUUUCGUUGUGCUCGAUUUUAAGAUUCGGAUAUAUAUAAAUAUAUAUAUGUAUACAUGGAACUACUUGUGUGUAAUCUUGAAAACUUGGAUGUGCGUCGAUUGUUUUUGGAAGGAGAAUGAAUAGUUGAGAACUCAGAGAGGAAUAAUGUAUUUGGUUAAUAUCUUGUUGGUCGUCCGUCCGUUACGUUAUCGUUUUACGAUUGAUCUU